AUGGCGUCACAAGUGAAGUGGUCGUCACGAACUGUGAUCAACAAGGAGGAAGAUAUUGCUGCUUACACAAUCAAGACAGUGGAUGAUCCCAAGACUGUUAACAAAAUCCUCUACAAUAAACCUCCCAAGAACACGUUGUCAAUGAACGAAAUGGUCGCUUUGUGGGAGAAAAAGGUCGGCAAGUCGCUUGAGAAGACUCACAUCUCAGAAGAACUAGUGCUCAAAACUCAAAAGCACCCAAGGCUUAUAAUGUCUCCGGUUCCCAUGAACGUUAUUCUGUCGAUAAACCACUCAGUGUUUGUGAAGGGAGAUCAGACAAAUUUCACUAUAGAGCCUUCCUUUGGUCUUGAAGCCUCUGUGCUUUACCGUGAUGUCAUGUACACAUGCAUUGAGGAGUAUCUCAGUCACUUCGCUUGA